AUUGUCUCGAAAAGCCUCAAACGCUCAGCGUUUAUUGCGUGCUUCUUCCAGGCGAUUGAAUUUUUUGCAACCUCGGAAUCACAGAAAUUUCACACGCACACGCACGCUGCUGCGAACACGAGUCACAGCUUUGUCUGCAUGCAAACAUUCACACUCAUUCCAAGCCAUAUUUGCCGAUGGACGCGCUUGUCGCCUUCCUAUUCACUUAGAGCGUGUGCGUGACUUUCGCGGCAAGCGUGGCCGUUUCUGGAGCAGGUUUCCACUAGAAUCUCUUUGCCUUCUCGGGACCCUCAUGAACAGACUGCAAUUUCAACGGCAUGCUAUACAGGGAAAGCCUGCUUGCCUCACGGUUCCCCAGCUCCCACGAGCCCUCUCGCUUUGCAUUCCGCCACAUUUUGUUUUCCUAAUACGGUCUAGUUCUCUCCUCCGCCUAGCGCCUCGGGACAAUGCUGCUUGCUGACCGUUCCGCAGAGAGUUCACCGUUUCUGUUUUCGCCCCGGCGUUCAGGCCUCUCGCAGGGCAAAGGUAGACCUCCACAGAUCUGGGAAAAGGCACGUUAGUUUUUGGCGUUCCUUCCUCCGUGUGGGUUCUACUGUGACUCGUAGUCUCCUCCUGUUCCUUACUCUCCGCUGAGAAGCAAAACGGGAAUUCCUGGGGACUUCGCACUGUGUGUCAGCGUUAGAUCCGUCCGCACACUGAAUUGGAACCCGACGCACAGAAAAACAUACAUACACACACAUAUGUUGGUAUAUAUAUAUAUAUGUAUGUAUGUAUAUGAGGUAUGUGUGUUGACAUUUCCGGUGGAGCAAACCCGCUGUCCCAGCGUUUUCUUUCGAGGACACACAGCUCUGUUUCGCGGCAAUGAAGAAGAAAUCGGAAACCGCGCCUCCGGCGGAGGCUGCUUUUCCCCAGGCGGAAGCCACUGGUCUCCGCCGGCGUGCUGGGAAGUUGUCUGCUGUUGCUCCGACCCCGAACCAGGUGUCUGUUAAGCAGGACGGUCGAAGUGAAAAAGGGAGAGACCCAGAAAGUGAUCCAUUUGCGUGGUCGUCUUGCCAGCCGCCGAGUCUCUCGCGCGAAAGCCAAAGCCGCACUCAAACGUUCAUUUCUGAGCCACUGUCUGCAACAGGAAACGAAUUUGCAGAAGAACUUGCGUCGAAACCGGUCGACAGUCGAGUGCGGAGCAGCGAGCCUGAACCGACCAGUGGAAAAAGCAGACGCGCUGAAGAGAGGAAAGACCUUCCCUCUUCGCCGCAGAACCCGUCGUCGUCUUCACCUUCCUCUUCUUUCUCCAGUUCCGAGUCCUCUGCGUCUGCUGUGCAUCGUCUUUUCAUCGAAGUCACUCCGGAAAUACGGUCCUUCUUGGAGAAGACGGGAGCAGACACCGCGAGGGAGUUCAAGACGCGAACGGCGAUCGACCUCGACCGCCUUAUGGAGCUGGUCACAAAGUACAACGAAAGCCGUCCUAAAGGGUUGGCGCAAGUGCGCGUCAGCGACUUAGUUGAGAAGUCGUAUAUCGUCGGAAAGGUCUCUCCCACACCUGCAGUCAACGUGGACGACCUGCCCGCGAGCGAGAGAUUUCGCCUUCUGUCGGAGGAAAGGAAAUACAGAGCGACUGUCCGGAAGCUCUUUGGAACAAAAGAGGAAGAUGUUUUCGCGAACUACACACAGAGCAUGGCGCUCGGCGUCAAUGCACUGAUGGGUCUUUUCCUAAUGUUUCUGGCGGGGUACUGGAUGGCCGAAUACUCUGGCGUUCGCGACUUCACAACGAAAGUUAUUGUCGGGGUUAUUUGCUCCUUCGGCUGCCUCCUGGUGGAGGUCGGCCUCCUUCUGAUCCACGACGAAGUUCUUCAGCGGAAAUCCCGACGGCGAGUGGUGGCCAGGCCGACAGGCAAGCCCUCAUGAGCUUCGGCGCGACACGUUUUCUCAGAGCUACAAUGUCAACGAGAAGAAUGCGGCUGUGUCGACUGUGCAGGAAAUCUGCUGUUUUACCUCCUAAAUACCCAACCUGUUGCGGCUUCUCUAAAUAGAUGUCGAACACUAGAAAUUGCACCUUCCUGCGGAAACCGAUUUCUCUCCUCUCCUCGGCUAGCGCUUGCGCCCAGACACGGUCCAGACUGAGUUUGUGGAAUUCCUGGUGUAUUCUCAGCCUCCGUUCUUUCCUUUGAUUUCCAAGUUGAAUAUUUCUUCUGGCGAAAACCAAAACUAGAGAGCUCCCUGGAUGUCGUUCAACUGCCGAGAGACCAGCGGCUCUGUUUGGGGAGUGUAGACUCUACGACGGUUGGACUCCCGGCUCACACUUCGAGGUCUGUGUUUGCCGGACCCAAGUUUGACUGGGCGCCGAUACAGUAGCCCAGGUGGAAGUUUUCGCACAAGUAGAUCCCAAUGGAUUUGGGGCUUUUUGUGUACGAGUGUCGCAUGCGGCGAUGGGUUUCAGACCAGAGUCUGUCGGACGCAGCUGCUUCUUUUCGGUUCGUCGAAGUUCGACGACUCACGGGGGUAGCAGACAUGAAGUGCACUGCAGACCCACAGAAACGGACGUGCCCACCGAUGGUGGUAGGCGCAAGCAGUGCAUGCGUUUUGUAAGAAGGUGAAAGUUGAUGAAGAGCAGUGACCUGCGCGUCGCCUGCUGUGAAGGCUUGCCCACUUUCCAGACUUUUGCAGCACGUGUCUGAUGCUGUUAAUAGCACG